UGAUGAUGUUUAUAAUCAUUAUUUCAUAUAUAUUUCAUUCCCCACCAUUUUAUAAGAUAAUUUUAUAUACUAUCUAUCAGUAAGCGGCUGAUUCUCGCGGCGAGUCGAUUCCUUCAGUAACAGUUUUCAAAGAGACAGUAAAACUACUUUCACUUGUAUUUUUUUUUUUUUUUAUUAAGAGCUCAACUUGCGAAAUCAAAUUCUAAAAUGUGUUUUCUCUCUUAUAUUUAUAAAACGCAGUAAAUAUUUCAAUUAAAUACAAACAAAAAUUAUUAUUGGAGUAACGUUAUAUUAUUAUAAGUUUAAAGAGAUAAUUGCAAUGGAGCAAAGUCCUGACAAUUCAGAUGAAGUGUUAAAAACAGAACAAUGUGAAGUUGAUUUAGCUUCAUAUCAAAAAUUAUUGACUGAAAAUAAUGAAAAUUAUGAUGAGAAGAAAAAAAUUUCCAUUGAAUUUAUAAAUUUAAAAUAUCGCGUUGAAUAUAAAAAAGGAAAUUUUAAAGAUAUUCUUAAUGAUGUUUCUGGUAAAUUUUUACCAGGAAGAUUAACAGCAAUUUUAGGACCUUCUGGUGCAGGAAAAACAAGUUUGCUAAAUAUUCUAGCAGGAAGAAAAAGAAUAGAAUCUCAAGGUUGUAUUAUUAUGAAUGAAUUGAAAAUAUCAUCUCAAACUUUACAAAAAUAUUGUUGUUAUAUUCCUCAAGAAUUUGCAUUAAUGCCACUUCUUACAGUAAAAGAAACUCUUUUAAUAGCUGCAGAAUUAAAAUUAAACAGUACAUACGAUUUACAUGCACGAGAAUUGGUAAUAAAUGAAAUUGGUAAUAAAUUGAAUUUGAGUGAUUGUUGGAAUUCAACUGUAGAAAAAUUAAGUGGUGGAGAAAAAAAACGUUUGUCUAUUGGAGUUGAAGUUAUUACAAGUCCAUUAGUACUUUUUUUAGACGAACCAACUAGUGGUCUUGAUAGUGUUUCAUCGAAACAGGUUAUUGAAUUGUUACAUUCAUUGUCACAAACAGGCUGUACAAUUGUUUGCUCUGUUCAUCAGCCCAGUAGUCAAUUAUUUUCUCUAUUUGAUGAUAUUCUCAUUCUUGGUCAAGGGAAAUGUUUUUAUUGUGGUCCACGAGAUAAUAUUGUUGAUCAUUUUAAUGAAGCUGGUUUUAUUUGCCCUAAUUUUUACAAUCCUGCAGAAUAUGUCAUGGAAGUCAUCACAGAGAAAAGAGCUGAUUUUUCAAUUUUAGAAAAGCUUCAUGCCAAUAAAAAGAGAGAAAACAUAUUUUACAGUGAAACUAAAAAUGAUAAUGAUUCUAAUAUAAAAUCACGGAGGUAUGCAGUUUCCGAUUGGAUUCAAUUAAAAGUAUUAUUACGACGUUCCUUCAUUUGUAUACGACGAGAUAAUACCUUGACAAAAUUGCGUUACGUAACGCAUUUAAUUGUAGCCCUUUUAUUGGGAGUAGUUUUUUACAAAUUUGGCGAAGUUUCAAGUAAAGUACAAAGCAAUAUUGCUUGUAUAUUUUUCAUCAUACUUUUUCUCUUUUUUGCAAAUUCCAUGCCGGCUGUUCAAUUGUUUCCUACUGAGGCAGCAGUUUUUGUUAGGGAAAAUUCAAAUAAUUGGUAUUCACUUCAUAUUUAUUAUAUUUCUAAAGUCGUCUCAGAUCUUCCCUUGCAGAUACUUUGUCCUUCUAGUUUUUUAAUAAUUGUUUAUUAUUUAACUGGUCAACCGUGGGAAGUGACAAGAUUUUUCCAAAGUUGGAUUAUUUGCAUACUAUUAACAAUUGUCGCACAAUCUUUGGGAAUUGCUACUGGAGCAGCGUUUAAUACUGAUAUUGGAAUGUUUUUAAUUCCUGCAUUCAAUAUUCCAAUGUUUCUUUUUUCUGGAUUUUUCUUAAAAUUUGGAGAAAUGCCUUAUUGUUUUCGUUUUUUAUCUGAAUUAAGUUAUUUCAGAUAUGCUUUUGAAGGAAUACUUCAAGCGAUUUAUGGAUCAGAUCGUCGAAUUUUUAAUUGUACAAUUGAGAUGUGCAUAUCACCUCGAAGAAUUUUAAAACAAUUAAAUAUGCCAUCUGUAAAUUAUUUAACUACUAAUUUAGCUUUAAUCAUUUGGACUAUUAUUCUUCAUAUUACUAUUUAUUUAGUGCUGAGAUGGAAAUUGCAUGUCGCUGCCAAAUAAUAAUAUUUUUCCACAGAAUUAGUUUAAUUAUUUAAAAUUUAUGUGAAUCAAGAAAUUAUUUUUGUAUUUUAGAAUUAAAAUGUGAGUCAAAAAAUGUAUAUUUUUAUAAUAAAAUAUAUUUUAAAAGUU